AUGUACUAUGGACUUUCAGCUUUUAGGCAAAAGGAGCCUAUUUUAAUAAAUGCAGUGAAUGAACUCUGUAAUGGAGAUUUUCUGAAAAGUCUGGACAGGCCUUUUGAAGCACAUGUUCAAGACCAAGAGGUUACACGGUUGUUUGGGACCAACUUUGAUGCCAGUGUUGUAAAUCAGGAUAUGUUGGAGGAAAUUCCUGGGGAAAUGUUCCAUUUUAAAGCAAGAGAUGAAGGUGAUACUACACUGCUUCGUAAAUGUAUAGCUCCAAAACAUCUAGUUUUGAAAGUCGGGGCCAAAGUGAUAUUGAUAAAAAACAUUUCCAAGGAUUUGUGCAAUGGGAAGCAAGGCAUUGUUCAUUAUCUAGAAAAGGACACACCCCCUGUGAUAAAUUUUGAUGGUAACCUUGUACCAUUAAGUGAUGUCAAAUUUGAUGUCUAUGAUAUGCAGCAGGAAAAGACACUAGCCUGUAGGACACAAAUUCCAGUAAUUCUAGCUUUUGCAUUAACAGUUCAUAGGGCCCAGGGGCAAACACUGAAUUUGGUGGAGGUGGACUGUUAUUCUUUUAUUGCGCCUGGUCGGAUGGGGGUAGCUGUUGGCAGAGCCACAACCACAAGUGGUCUACGAAUCAUCAACUUCAACAGAAAAGCAGCAUUUACAAGACACUCUGACAUUGUUUAUGACUUUUACGAUAGAGAAUUUUCAGACUUUUCCACAGAUUUAGUAUGCUGUCAAAAACAACAAGUUUACCCUAGUGUGCCAGAUUACCAGGAUUCAAAUGUUACUUUGGAUACUGAACCUUCUACAUCAUCCUUUGAUUUACGUGAUAUGGAACAUGACCAUCAGUUAGAAGAACCUCAGUUACAGUCACCUUGGGAUAUAAAUGAAUUCAUCAUAGAAAAUCAGUCGUCCACAUUCAUGAAUGACUUUCUACCAGAUUUUUGUUAA